UUGUAUUGGCUGGGCCACUUCCUUCGUUUUUUUCUGCUGUCGAUGUCGCGCCAGCAUAAAACAGUAGAGCAAUAGCAAGGCUCGGUAAUGAUCUACUGUGCUUACAGCAUGCGCUGGCUACAGGCGGCGAUCAGCGUCCUCGCAGGGUCCGCACUCUGCCUACAAACUCUAAAUGAGGUCCAACAGUCGGCAAGCUGCUGUUCGCGGAGGCACAAGAUGCAGCUCGUUGGAGAAGGACUGAACGGGAAGCCAAUCAAGACUGAUGUUGGGCACUGUCACAAGGAAUGCUCCAGCACCAGCGAUAGUUUAGAGCUCAUCGAUGAGGUGGCGUGCGACGCGGAGUGGCUGUGCCGGCCGUCGGCGUCGCAGCUGCGGCGCGUGUGGACGCGGCUGGGCGUGCGCGAGGUGUCCGUCGUGGAGAGCUGCGAGUGCGUGCCGCGGCCUCCCGCCUGCACGCGCCUGCCGCACGUGCUAGCAGUCUUCCCGGGCACGCCCUUCCAGGAGCACAUAGACGUCGGCACGUGCCACGGCCACUGUCACCAAGGUGGCGGCUGCCGGGCGUCGCGCACGCGCACCGUGAGCGUGGCAGGGCCAAAUGGCGCGCAGUGCCACUCCGUCAUAGAGGAAUGCUCAUGCGCGCUCGCUUGCCACCGCCUGGCGUACUUCGAGACCGUCUACGAUUACACCGGCAACGCUUCAGAGCCCACCGUCCUGGAGGUGGACGUGGGCCGCUGUGACGGAGGCAGCGCCGGCGCCGGCGGCCCCGCCGCCUGCGAGGGGCGCUCCUUCUCGCGCUGCGUGCACAGGUCUCCGGGCGGCGCGUGCGUGUCGUCGCUGCAGGGGCCGCUGCUGCGCUGCACGCCCGCCGAACACAGGGAGCACUACUACCGGGACGCCACGGGCGCCACCAGGACCAUUAUCGCCGUAAACAGCUGCAUCUGUGGCUAGGCCACACUGAGCGUGUGUUCCCCGAUAAGGCUGAAUAUUUAUACCCGAGUAGCUAUACCUUGUAUUACUUUCUCAUCGUUCUCUCUAUCAGGGCACAAACACGCACAAGAUUAAUCGCAUCGUAAACACAAAUCGCUGUGCAAUGCCGUAUUUUACGAAUAUAUAACGAACACACGCUCCUCAAUAUUUUUCCCCGCUAAAAUCUGUGAAUCGUUUGCUCCUCUUAAAUCUCUGCCUGACACAAUCUGCUCGUUGACAGACACAAUAUUAGUAUUUAUUAGUGGCUAAUCAAGAAGCUGUGAUGAGUUUUCUUGAAGAAUUUAGCGUCACUCCUUGAACUGUAAAUAAAUGGAAACAGAACCCGAAUAAUUUAUUUUGGUGGAUGGUAAAUUGAUAUUAGUGUUUGGAUGCCAGAUGUUGGCAUGUAAUGUACGUUGUCAAACAAUAAAAACAUUGGAAAAUGAUUAA